CCUACCCCUACCCCUCCCUGUAUAAAUAAUCCCUCUGUGACUGAGUGGGAAUUAAUCUCAAUUGUUUCGAAUAAUCAUCAUCGUAGGGUUUCGGGGAAAUAGAAAGGAUUUUUGGGAUUAGAACAACAUUCGAUAUUACAUAUAUAUGUAUAUAUGUAUAUGUGUUGUGCGAACCCUCCAUAGUGCGCGGCAUAUUCCUCUUUGGUGGAUUCAUAUUCAGACAGCAAUUGUUCGAGCAGUGUGAUGCGAUUGGAGGUAUAAUGCUUGUCUGAGUUUGUAAAGACAAUUUUUGCAGAACAACGUAUGGUGGGGGCGUCGUUCGUUGUGAACGAAUCUGCUUCCACGUAAAGAGCUUCGGAAGAGACAAACAACCGCCGCCCGCCGCCGCCGCCGGAGUUUUCCGAUCAUGGCGGAGAAGCACGACGAUGGUGGUUUUGUCUUGAAUCGGAGGAUCAGCUUUUCCAUAUUCUUCAACAAUUUUAGGUCAGUGUUCAAACUCGACGAACUAGGUUCGGAGAUUGCAAGAAUUGCCUUCCCUGCAGCUCUGGCUUUAACCGCCGAUCCUAUUGCAUCCUUAGUCGACACAGCUUUCAUCGGCCAAAUCGGUCCGGUUGAACUUGCUGCCGUGGGAGUUGCCAUUGCGUUAUUCAACCAGGUAUCGAGGAUCGCGAUAUUCCCGCUCGUCAGCGUUACUACAUCCUUUGUCGCCGAGGAAGAUACAACGAGUGCGGAUUCGAAGUACACCUCAGAGGAUAGCUUGUCUCCGGACAGCGAAAAUCAGAAGCUUAUACCUCCUACAGCGCUACAUUCGGAUGAGAAUCCGCGGGAUGUGGAGUGUCCGCGCGACAGUUUUGAGAUGUCUAAAUCCGAGGAGGGAAGGAAGCAUAUUCCGUCAGCAUCUUCCGCGCUGAUCAUCGGAGCAAUUCUCGGCCUCAUCCAAGCCACAUUUUUAAUCCUCGAGGCGAAGCCUCUGCUAAGCUUUAUGGGAGUCAAAGCAGGUUCAGACAUGUUGCGCCCCGCGCAAAAGUACUUACAACUUAGAUCACUUGGCGCGCCGGCGGUUCUGUUGUCGUUGGCUAUGCAGGGCGUGUUUCGCGGGCUUAAGGACACAAAAACACCGCUCUACGCGACAGUUGCUGGAGAUUUGACGAACAUUGUGUUGGACCCUAUAUUUAUCUUUGUGUUCAAACUGGGGGUCGUAGGCGCGGCAAUUGCGCACGUCAUAUCUCAGUAUUUAAUUUCGCUGAUGCUGUUUUGGAGAUUAACGGAGCUCGUGAAUCUCGUGCCCCCAAGCCUCAAACAUUUGCAAUUCGAUCGGUUUCUGAAAAACGGCUUCCUGUUGCUCAUGAGAGUCAUAGCUGUAACGUUCUGCGUAACGCUUUCCGCAUCGCUCGCCGCGAGGCUCGGAUCGAAGCAAAUGGCGGCCUUUCAAGUCUGUUUGCAAGUUUGGCUCGCGACUUCUCUUCUCGCCGAUGGUUUGGCUGUUGCCGGACAGGCAAUACUCGCUAGCGCGUUCGCGAGAGAAGACCAUGCGUGCGCAACCGCGACCGUGUCGCGAGUGCUGCAGCUGGGAUUGGCCCUAGGGAUGUUGUUGGCUGUAGUCCUCGGAUUCGGACUCCAUUUCGGCGCUCGAAUUUUUACCAAAGAUGCGGAUGUCCUUAAACUCAUUGCUGUUGGGAUCCCGUUUGUCACGGCGACUCAGCCGAUCAAUGCGCUGGCGUUUGUGUUCGAUGGAGUCAAUUUCGGGGCGUCGGACUUCGCCUACUCUGCGUAUUCGAUGGUUACAGUGGCAGUGAUCAGCAUCAUAGUGCUGUUGAUUCUUUCUUCGAGCAAUGGAUUCGUCGGAAUCUGGGUUGCCCUAACCAUCUACAUGAGCUUAAGAGCCUUUGCUGGAUUUUGGAGAAUAGGCACUGAAUCAGGGCCAUGGAAAUUUCUCAGGAGCUGAUACAUGUAUGUAUAUAUAUAUAUAUAUAUAUGGUUGUGAUUCAUAAAUAUAUAUAUAAAUAUAUAUAUAUACAAUGUGAUAGAAAUUGGAAACACUGUAAGUAUAUUCGGUGUUGUACGAUGAUAGAAAUGUAAGAAAUGUAGCGAUUGAAA